UGUUAAAUAGAGAGCCAGGAGAGGGGGAUGUGAUCAGAUCUUACUGAGCAUCUAGCAAGACAGGGAGGAGAAGAGGGGUUCACGGCAGCACAGCAUAACUGUGACAUGAGAGAGGGAGUGUUAGAGGGAGGGAAAAGACAAAGACUCACUAAUUUUCUCAAGCAUCAUGAAAAUAGUUAUCCAAAUAUUUUGUUUCUUUCUCUUAACCACCUUCUACAAGUGUGCUGUGAUCACAGGGAGUUUGGAGUCUUUCAAGGCCUGUGAGAGAGAUCUCCAGUGUGGAGGUGGGACAUGCUGUGCCAUCAGCUUGUGGAUCCGUGGGCUCCGGAUGUGUACUCCAUUAGGGCAAGAGGGAGAUGAAUGCCAUCCCAUCAGCCACAAGGUCCCUUUCUUUGGAAAACGGCAGCAUCAUACCUGUCCAUGCUUGGCAAACUUCAUCUGCUCCAAAUUCAUUGAUGGCCGAUACCGAUGUUCAGUAGAUUUCAAAAGCAUGGACUUUUAAUACAAAAGGAAGAGUUUCAUCGUCUUUCCUGCCCACAGAUCCCUGCAGUUCAAACCAUUUAAAUACAAUCUUCUGUCUCCUUCACCUUUGAAGACAAUGACACAAGCAUUGUCCAUUUACACAAGUAUUAUCCAUUAAUUUAAAUGCAUAUACAGCAAUUAAAGCAGUCAGUGACUUAUCCUCUCAAUAUCAACAUGCAAGCAUUGUGCUUGCAAACUAGGCAAAAUUUCAGAGUCUGAAAUGUAAGUUAGGAUCACAAUUGUUAAUGGGCAGCUUCACAUGUAAUGUGGCAAGUAAGGUUGCUGCCAGCCCCCAGUUCUGGAGUGUGCACUGUGCAUAGAUGCCUGACUUCCAAUAAUGGAUUAGCUAUGCCAACACUGGUUGGUUGUGUCAUCCAAACCCUCCAGCAUUGUCAUAUUCUGCCUUAUUAGUGAUUUCAAGCCUGACAUCCAUAACCUACUUCAAAUCUAGGUUACAGAUGUCAUUUUCGGAACUACAAGUGGGGUAGAAUAUGCAGACAAUGACGGGUUUGGAUGACUUGUCCAAUGUCAGCAAUGCCAUCUCAACACUGGGUCCCAUGCAUGCUUCGAGAACGGGGGACUUGUGACAACCUUACUUGCCAUGUUAUGUGUGAAGCCGCUCAAUGUGUGAGGAAGUCUCCCCAAUAUCUUUUAAAAAUUUCUUUUGAAUUUAACCCAAGGGUCUGUCAACAAUACUUUGAUCAUGUACAUUAAAAUGUAAUGGUCUUUAAUGUAUUA